AUGUCACUCACUAUGCGCAUCCCGCUCCUCCUCCUGGCCCUCCUCUCUCUGAUAAUCUCCGCCUUCGCCGCCAACGGCAUCCUCCCCACAUCUGCCUCCAGCUCAUUCCCACAAUGCGGCCUGUCCUGCACCACCCUGACCAACGCCCAGACGUCCUGCGAAUCAGGCGACUCCUCAUCCUGGACCUCAUGCUUCUGCCAGUCAGCCCUGCUUACGGGCCUGAAAACCUCCGGCAGCAUCUGCGCGUCGUGCAGCGCCGCUGACCAAGUCACUCUCUCAACCUGGUACAACAACUACUGCAAUUCCGGUGGCAAAGAUACCGGCGCCACAAAAACCAAAGCCGCUGCUGGCGCAACCUCCACUUCCACUUCCAGCGCAAACUCGACCAAAUCUGCCUCCGGCACGGAGGAGAAGAAGUCCUGGUGGAGCUCCCACUACCGCUGGGUCAUCAUGCUCAUCGUGCUGGUCAUCGGCUUCAGCAUCAUCGCCGUAGUAGGCGUAUGGCUCAAACGCCGCCACGACGCCAAGCGACCACAUCUCUACCACGGCGGCAGUAGCAGUAUGCUAAACACCUCUCAGUCCGCCCAGCGGGUUUCCACCUGGGGUCCGGCACCUGUGCCCGGUCAGCCGCGCGACCUUGUUCCUGACUCUGAAGUCAAUAGCUCUCGCUCGACCAUGGGCAAGAUCAGCACUCCAGUUCCUGGAUCGCGGACACGGUUGACGAAGCCCGAGCCAGGGCAGGGUGAUGUGGAGACCCGACAGGUUUAG